UCGUUUGGUUUUGAACCCGGAUCUUCGGAUUACCAGACCAGCGCACAAUCUGCGCCACGAUCGCCACGGCCUAAGUAUUAAUAUUGUUCGUAAUAUUGUUGAUAAUCUUAUUCAACCGUUGCCUGAGAAUGAUCUUCGCGUUAGACAACGUCGAGCUGCAAAACCUCGAGACGAGGAAUAUUUUGAAUCAACAAUUCCAACAUACACGGACGAUCAAUUCAGGGAACACUUUCGAAUGUCUCGAGUAACUCCCAACAGUUACGUCGAUGUAGCGUAAAAAUUUCUGCUGGAAAACAUGGCGUCUGCUACCUCAACAUGUGGGAGCGCUUCGAAUCAUAGACCAUUCAGCGCAUAAAUCCACAACUGUUGUGUGCGCUGAAUGCGACCAAUCGGCAUCGCGGAAAAGAGACAACAAUACACUCCGAGACAUUCGAGUAUCGACUUAACACGCCUUUUUUUAUGAGGAGGAGAAGAUUUCUCUUCAAAACAACUUGUUUUAUACACAGCCUCUUUGACAGCUGUCAACAUUCAGUCGUCUCGUCACUGAUAGCUCGUAGCACGAAGUGAGCCAAGCGAGACAAUCAGCAUCGCGGAAAAGAGGUUCGAGACUUUCGAGUAUCUACUUAACACGCCUUUUUUUGUGAGAGAAAAAGAAGAAAGAAAGGAAGGGAUCGGGUUAUAAAAUGUUUUUUCACGCGAGGAAAAGUUCGGCGGUGACGAGGGACUAUCGUAUUUUCGAGGUAACCAUGAAAGAAUCGUAGAGAAACGAGCGAUGCGAGGGAAGAAAGGAAAAAGACUGAACAAGAGUCAACUUGAUUUGAAGAGUCGAGCUCGAGUUGCCGUCAACAACGAAGGGACGCAUGAAGACGAUUUUCUUUCAUGUACCGUGACAAGUAACGAGCUCUGGCCUAUUGAUCUCUUUAUCUUAAAUACAGCACGAACGAGCUUCGAUUGAGCCUAUAAAUCUCUCUUUAAUUAUGUUCGCCGUGCUAAUCAAGUCGUAUUUAACAGGAAAAACGAUUGGAUAUUGUGCGAUGCGGUGAUAAUAAGAUGCGAGAAGGAGGAGGCUCUCUCGCGCGGCGCGAAGAGACGCGGAAAACGAGGACGAGGACGGUAGCUGCGUGACAUUCGGUGACAUUGAACGUCGAUCGAUACCACGGGCGCGCUAUAUCCAAGACAGAAAUGACAGCGGCGAGAGAGCGAGCGCUGGGAUGCUAAGCGAGGGCCGUGCAAAGUGCGCGAUCGUCCGGUGCUGCUCGUCGCGGGACGCACGGCACGUGCCUCCGGAGGAGCGUAGAUUCCGGCGCGUCCACGGCCUGCAGCUGCCCCUGCAUCCGCAGCAGAUCGCCGGCUGGGUGCUGCUGGUCAUCGUGUUCGUCGGCACCUUCACCGUGCUGUUGUCGUCGCCGCCGCUGCUGCCGGAGCUGCGGCCCGUUCUGUCGCCGCUGUUCGCCGCGCUGUUCCUGCUGCACGUGUCGACCCACCUGACGGUGCUGCUGCUGGACCCGGCCGACCCGGAGGUUCGCGCCCGACCGGCCCGCGCGGUCGUGCCCGAGUUCGACCGAGCGAAGCACCGGCACGUCAUUGAGAACGGCCGGUGUCACUUGUGCAACAUCACGACGCACGGCCAGCGCACCAAGCACUGCUCCGUCUGCAACAAGUGCGUACCUCGCUUCGACCAUCACUGCAAGUGGCUCAACAAUUGCAUCGGCGGCCGCAACUACCCGGCGUUCCUGGUGUGUCUGGUGUCGACGCUCGUCGUCGCGCUCGCGGUCACCGCGCUCGCCCUGGGCGACCUGGUGCUCGCUAACGCACAUCUGCUUGUCGGCGAGCCGCGGCGCGGCGGCGGCGGCGGUGGCAGCGACAGCGGCAGCGGCAACGAGACCAGCAUGAACAACGCUACGGCGACGCCGCCGUUACCACCGGCAUCGACGCCCGGCACUGGCUCGCUCGUCCUCGUCACUGUUAUAGGCGUCCUUUCGGCGAUCGCCGCGGUCCUGCUCAUUCACCUCUGUUUCUUCCACGGCUACAUCGCCUGCCUAGGGCUCACCACGUACGAGUACGUGCGCGGCAAGCGGGAGAGAGGCGCCGCCGGCGCCGACUCGAGGACCACGUCCACCGCUGGUCCGUGCGGCAUGCCUUAUUGCACCGCCGCCGACGGCGAGGACGUCGACAGGACGCUACCUGGCGCACGAGGCCUCUGUUCUCGUUUUUGCGAGAUUAACGGUCCUCCGCUCAAAAGUAACAUGAGCACCACGAGGAUGACGAUGGCGACGACGGACGUGUACGUUUGCUCGACUCACGAGGAAACGCGCGACGGCGGCGCGGCAAUGGUGAACGGCAAGGACGCCUGCUCGAAGACCCUGCCCUCGAUGAAGAGCAGCCGAAACUUCCGCCUCUGUUUCUCGUACGACUCGCGCACCACCGAGACCUCCAUCGAAGUCUCCUCGACGGAGCUGAGAAAUCGGGGAGAAUCACCGGACGCGAAGUCGUCCUCCACACCCUCACCGGUGUCUUGUUGCUUCUCCAUCAUGAACCAUCCCCACGGCGGCGCCAGGCACGACGGGCGGAAGCGCUGCGCCGGCGAGCAUCGUGCCGAGCCCGCGAAACGCUCCUGCGGGACCAUGAGGAGGAUACAGACUUUUCUGCAGGCCCGCCUGAGGAAGAGGCAGCGGCUGACGACCUCGACCUCGGCGAUCGCUCGUCACUGCGGUAACAAAAUAAUCCCGCAGGCGGCCAGUACUCCGGACAUCGUGUCCGCCUUGACCGAGGAUCAGACUCGAACCGUCGAGGCAAUGGAGCUAACGACACCGACGAAUUACCCGCGGCCACCGGCGAGACUGCCCGCCCUGGAUCUCUCGCGCACCGUUCACAAAAUUAGAAAAGUGUCCUCGACCACCGCCGACAUUUCCGUCCUGGGGCAAAUGCCGUCUCCCACGGCGCCCAAACGAAGUCAAGCCCACCUGCGCACGCGGCGAAGCGCAAACUUCUCCAAGAAGAGACCGCGCUUCAAGGUCGGCUCGCACGUUGUCGUGCAGACCGCUCAGUUGUCGCCCAUACCAGAGUCAGAGUUCUCGAAACCGGCCACACCGAGGUCGCCGUCGCGAUCCGGCUCCAUCUUCUCCUUCCCACCGUUACGCGAGUAACGCCAGCUGCACCGCAUCGAGAUAAUGUCCGAGGCUACGGAGUCACCUGACAAGGAGGAUGCUGCCUCGAAGAGGAAGACCAACGUUUGGGAGGC